GUAUGGAGCCCACCGCUGUGAGCCAGCGUGUGAGCGGCGGAGAGGGAGCCUGAAUGGGUGGGUGUGCCGACAGCAGCUGACAGAGCUGGCUUCUUCUGUUUCUCUGCUUUGGAACAAAUAAAAACUGAAUCUGGAUAUUUACAUUAAGCAGCGAUGCCCUGUGUACAAGCCCAGUAUGCAUCCGUGCCCUAUGAAAACUACUUCAGCUCUGAGCUCCUGAAUCCUGACCUCAGUGCCAAAUUUAUGAUGGAAAUCUCUGGCCAAAAGGACCAGCUGUCAACAUCCUCACUACCCAGCAUCAACACCUUGAUGGGAAAUGGUUACAUCGGGGAUUUUGAUGCUUACUCCUGCAAGAUUACCACUUCCCCUCCUGCCUCUGCAGCCUCUUUCAGUCACGCUGCUGUAGCAGAAAGCGCUAACCCACAGAUGCAAAACCAGCCCUUCAAGCUGGAUGAUCUCCAAGUGUACGGCUGCUACCCAGGAUCCUUUUCUCUCAGCUGCCUUGAAGAAACGCACUUGUCAUGUGGCUCCGAUUAUUAUGGAAGCCCCAUCUACGGUACGGGCUCUCCUCCAACACCAGGCUUUCAGACAGAGUCUGCAGCUGUCUGGGAUUCCCCUUUCAGCCCGUUCCCCCAAGCCCUUCCGUCCUCUGUAGAGAAGGCCACCAUGGCUCAGCAGUUUUCAUUUUUCACCUUUAGUAACGCACAGGAGCAGCACUCUCCUUUGGAUCAUCAUCACGAUGCACCAACUUGUCAAGAGGAUGCCUUCUUUCUCUCUCCGCACCAACAUGUCUCCCCUAUUCACUGCCCCACCAUGUCCCUGGAACAUGCACCACUGGAAAGCCCAAGAACUCUGGAGGGGGGGAUAAUGUCUCCAAAAAUCUCCAACCCUGGUUCCAGUGAAGGUCGCUGUGCGGUUUGUGGCGAUAACGCCUCCUGUCAGCACUACGGGGUUCGGACCUGUGAAGGAUGCAAAGGCUUCUUUAAGCGAACUGUCCAGAAAAAUGCAAAGUAUGUCUGCCUCGCCAACAAAGACUGCCCGGUCGAUAAGAGGCGGAGAAACCGAUGCCAAUUCUGCCGUUUCCAGAAAUGUCUUGCUGUCGGAAUGGUCAAAGAAGUUGUUCGCACAGACAGCCUCAAAGGCCGCCGAGGUCGCCUACCGUCCAAACCCAAGACCACAGUUGAGCCUUCCUCAACAACCCCCUGUGUGAACAUCAUCGCUUCUCUCAUCAGGGCUCAUUUGGACUCCGACCCAAGCAUCGGAAAGCUCGACUACUCCAAGUAUCAGGAAAAGACAGACGACCUGAAAGAAAAGGAGGAUGCCGAUGAUAUAAGGCAGUUCUACGACCUGCUGACCGAUGCACUAGCAGUGAUUAGAAAAUGGGCUCAAACCAUCCCAGGAUUCACAGACUUCUGCACAGAGGAUCAGGAGCUCCUCCUUGAAUCUGCCUUUGUUGAGCUCUUCAUUCUUCGGGUGGCAUAUAGGUCAAAGCCAGAGAAGAACAAGCUGAUCUUUUGUAACGGCCUGGUCCUCCACCGGCAGCAGUGCGCCAGCAGUUUUGGUGGCUGGAUCGACUCCAUCUUGGAUUUUUCACAGAGCCUUCACCGGAUGAACUUAGACGUGUCACUGUUUGCCUGUCUUUCAGCAUUCGUCAUCAUCACCGAUCGCCAUGGCCUGAAGGAACCCAAAAGAGUCGAGGACUUUCAGAACAACCUCAUCAGCUGUUUAAGGGAACACAUGAGUGGAAUUGGAUCAGAAGUGACACGGACACAGCCUAACUAUCUGUCCCGUCUUCUGGGCAAACUCCCAGAGCUGAGAACUCUGUGCACUCAGGGCCGGCAGCGCAUCUUUUACUUGAAACUGGAGGACUUGGUCCCCCCUCCUCCGAUUGUGGAGAAAAUCUUCAUGGAUACGCUGCCCUUUUGAAAACAAAAGAAAAACAAACUCUGAUAUGUGUGGAAAAACAAAUCAAACAAGACAGCAUUAAGGAGACAGUUCGUCCGUAUAGGGCACUGACUAGUUUGCUAUAAUGUCUGACAUUCUCUAAGAGACCUUUAUUUUAUACCUUUACAUUUUACACAUGCGUGAGAAAUUUUUCAUGCAUCAUAAGAGAUUAUUAUCUGUGCCAAAACUACAUGAUUAUCCAAUUUUCUAUGUUUAAUCUGAUUUGUAAAUCUCUGUUGCUGAAGUAGAUGUGAGAGCCUUAUUGUGCUUUGCAGCUUUUAAGGUAGGAAUUUCUUUGAUUCAAUGCGGUGUUCUAGCUUCCUCUCAGAAACACUAAUUUCUUAAGAGACUGGUUCAUGAUCGCACUCCAAAGCUAACCCUCUAGCUUCCUGUCAGUGUCGAUAUAUUUCAUAAGUAAAAGUUCCGUUUGUGCUCUCUAAGGUCUUGGACCAAAGUUGAAUAAAGAUUUUAUUUUGAUACAGUCAUUUAUGAACCUUAUUGCCUUAAGCGAGUGGGGGAAAGAAGUCUGUGCUGCCUUUUUGGAGCAGCCUGCUACAGUUUAACUCCGGGUAAACUCACCGUACCGUGGCUGCAACCUGAUUUCAUUGUACUUUUUCUGUGAUGCGCUGGAUAUAAACAAAAAGUGCCUUCAUAUAGCUAUUACCCCCUUCUACAAUAGAAGUGGAGAAGAAUAAGAAGUUGGUAAAAUGCAGCACCCUUCAUAAUAAUUUCCCCCCUUCCUCAUAAUCGAGCUUACAAUUGCUAAACUUCUUCCUUUUUAGGUUUCAUAGUUUCUUUUAUUUUUUAUGUUUUGAUGGUGAGAAUCAGAGUAAUGGGCCGUUUCACGUCAUAUUUAUAACCACAGAAAAACAGAAAGUAAUCAAUGAAGUAUAGUUUAAAGGGGCAUAGUCACGAUGUAUAUCUACACCAAAAAGACCAAAAUCCAAUUGAUGAUGCUACAAUAAGGUUAUAUACUCCAACUGUCCAUCCUGAUGGUGUUUUCUUUGUAUUUAUUUGAGCCUAAAUAGAACCUCAGCACUGGGUGCAAUGAGCUGACAUAAACAGAGGUGGCGCCACCUACUUGCAGUACCACUGAACUAACAGAAAGCCAGAUGGUGACACUAAUGCAGCUAUUAAAUAAGUUUUGACCGUUCUGACCGCUGUAGUGCCUCACUGAAAACCGAUAUCUCAGAGGAUGGGGCUUAAAAACAUUGCUAACACACGUAGCGCUAUUAGCAAGAAAGUGUAAAGUCAUGUGUAUCAAUUUCACAGAAACUCUGAAUGCUUUCUUAGCUUUAGCUCCAGCUUUAGUGUACUUCAACGGUCAGACUUUUAUCAGUGCAACUCGAGUUUUAUUCCACUUAGGCUACUUUCAUACAGCAGCCUGAAGUAAGCCAGAUCUGAUUUUUUUAUAAUUUUUUUUGCCCAUGUGUGACAUAUAACUGAUCUUUUCAUGACAGUCUGAACAACACAGAUCCGAUUUUUUUUAAUGCGACUCAGACCACUCGGCUAUGUGGUCCUGAAUCCGAUACGUAUCUGAUCUUUUCAAAUGCGACCCGCAUGCCAAUGGCCAGGUUGCAUUCAUCCGAGCUGAACGUCAUUAAUGCGCGACAUAGGUCACUAUUCUGCCUCUCGCUAAAGAUAAGUGUCAAGAAAAACAACAACCAUGGCGGACGAUAAUGCGGAGAGUAGUAUUUAUGUUUAACCAUGUUGAAAAGAUUACUUUUUUAAGUUUUAAGGUUGGGAAAGAUCAAAUGCGCUCCAACGCAACCAUCAAUGUUUACUUCCAUAAACACAGAGCGCGCUUGCUUGUGACGUCAUUGUGUCCUUUACUGCGCAUGACGAACACUUGCGUUGUAUGAAUGCAGUUCCCAAAGGCGAUCACACAAUAGUCGCAUAUAUUUGGAGAUGUGAAAGGCAACGCAAAAAAAA